AGUUGGCUUAGGCACUACGACCAAUAUUUCGUUCAUGAUGAAAUAUUAUAUAGAGCGCUUGGUAGCAGCAACAGCUCUCACCCACAACAUGUAAUAUUAAUACCUUCUGCUUUGCAAGCAAACAUUCUCAAAACACUGCAUGAUGGGCCACUAGGAGGUCAUUUAGGUAUCACUCGUACCGAGGAACGAGUGAGGAAACGAUUUUAUUGGCCUGGCAUUCGAAAGUCAGUAACCAAACAUAUUCAGUUGUGCAAAGUUUGCAAUCAAAAGAACUCCCCAAUUAACAGAAACACAGCUCCAUUAGGUCAUAUUUCAGUUAGCCAACCUUUUACUUUCUGGGCAAUGGAUUACAUGGGACCAUUGCCAGAAACAGGUCGUGGGAACAAACAUAUCCUAGUGGUUGUUGACCAUUUCACCAAAUGGUGUGAAGCAUUUGCAACUCCAGAUCAGAAAGCCAGCACGGUUGCGCCACUUUUAGUAAGCGCAUUUUCUCUCGGUUUGGAACCCCAGCAGUCCUGCAUUCAGAUCAAGGCCGAAACUUUGAAAGCACACUACUACACGAAAUCUGCAACUUUAUGGGUAUUACGAAAACGCGCACCACAAGCUACCAUCCUCAGUGUGAUGGACAAACUGAGCGGCAAAACCGAACUAUUCAGGCUAUGCUUUCAGCUUUUGUUUCAAAUAGAAGAGAUGACUGGGACUUGUGGCUGGAUUCAGUUACAUUUGCUUACAAUACCAGCAGACAUGACGCAUUAG